AUGCCGAAAUGGAAAAUUUUCCUCUGGAAAUUAUUCCACAACGGGUUAGCCACAACUGCUAACCUUUCAUACCGUGGUCUGGCCAUUUCAGAUAAGUGUCCAAGCUGCAACUUGGAACCUGAGACAAGCCAACACAUCUUCCGAUUUUGCUCGCUAGCUACUGCUGCUUGGCAAACUAGCAAACUAUGUAUUAUUUCCAACGCUACUCCCCUUGUGGCCUUUAAAGAUUGGCUCAUUGCAUGGAUACACUAUUUCUACCAGCAGGAUGGAUAUAACGGUCUUCGUCUUCCCGAGUUUGUGGCUAUUUUAUGGGCUAUUUGGCAGGGUCGAAAUAACAAGGUUUUCAACGGUACAAUACCUGAUCUGGCUUUACUUCGCUCAUUCCAGGAUAAGGGCAUUCAGCAGCACUUCACUUUUACGACUAAUCCUAUUCCUCGGCCUAGCUCUUUGCAUGGGGCUCCAGGUCCUCCUGGUUUCCUUUUUGCACAUUUUGGGUCAGCUUUCUGCGAGGUACCACAGUUACAUUUACAAGUGGAUGGUUCCUGGAAGAAAUCUUCUAUUCUUGCUGGUAUUGCCUGGAUUGCGGAUCAUGUUACCACUCAAGCUACAGAAGGACAAGGAGGCUGCAUUUAUGUUGAGUCACCACUGGUUGCUGAAGCACAGGCUUGUCUGGGGGCCUUGAUUUGGGCUCAAGCUCGAGGUUAUUGCCAAAUUUUGAUCUAUACCGAUUCUGAAGUACUGGUCCGGAGUUUACUUCAUCAAGACACACAACCUAUCUCGAUUGCAUGA